AUGUGCUAUGGUGUGUUCCCAAGGGCACGGGUGUCCUCUCUGUUCUUCCAUGUCUCUGCUAGAUUACUGGCCCUCUUCACCCCCCAACAUCACAAAUAUUGUAGUGCAGCAAUUGCUGGAGCGGAUCAAGCAGUGGGAAAGGAAAUGAUACCGUUUGAAGCCCUCGCCUUGGGCAUUGGACAGAUGUUUUGUGUAGUGGUGGUUUCCUUUUUAUAG